AUGGAACAAGUUUUGAAUAGUACACAAAAAGUUUUUUAUGAUGAAAUCUUCAUAGCUAUAAAACGCACUCAAAUUACCGCUAAUAGUAGUGGAGCUGGUGCUGCUGGUCCUAGUGGUGCUACUGGUGGAGCUGGUGCUGCUGGUGGAGCUGGUGCUACUGGUGCUGCUGGUGCUACUGGUGCUACUGGUGCUGCUGGUGGAGCUGGUGCUACUGGUGGUGCUGCUGGUGCUGCUGGUGGAGCCGGUGCUGCUGGUGGAGCUGGUGCUACUGAUGCUGCUGGUGUUACUGAUGCUGUUGAUGGAGCUCGUGGUUGUAGAAGGAACUACGGCGUAUCCUAUAACAGUCCGCAAAAAAUGAAUUAG